UGCUGAUGAUCUGUAUUCGCGCUUGCUCAUGACUACGGACUACGUGAACAUCGAAAGGAUAUUAGAUUUAUUUGUUGAUGUGAACCGUCUUGGUUGGACACUGUUUCUUGCGUUGGCCAUCUAUGUUUUCUUCAAACGACACUCUUUGCGGUCAAAAUCGUAUCCGUUAGGAAGACUUCUUGCGAGGCCAGCGGAAGACUUGCACGUUUGGGCAGAAAAGGACAAACCCAUUAGCAAACAGAGACGGUCUGCCUCUUUUCCGUUUGUUCGAUCUGUAUCGUCUUUGAUAGAGAAACCGCUUCUUCACCCACGUCCAUUAGUAGCUGACUGGGAGACUUCAAGGAGAGAAGAGAAUCACGUACGUACACUAGGAGGAAAGACAGAGCGAAAGUCUAGUCACGAAGAAAAGAAAUUUGCUGGAGUCGGAAAUCGAGAAGCUCCUGUUGACGAUUCCAGGGACAGCAUGACCGAUCAGAAUGUUGAUCAGCAGUUACCAAUACGCCGGCGUGUGUCAGCUUCUGGCAGUGCGGGCGGGAGCCCUAAAUCCCGCCGCAGUCGCUUUACACCGUCGGGUGUAAAAGUGCGCGUGGUUCCCAACAUUCAACUAUCUCGAAGUAGCAGUUCAACGUCGUUUGAGUUCAAAUGCAUGUCUGAUCAAGCGAGUAGCCAGACAGGUCAACUCGGGAACAACAAUCUACGUCAUCUUUCAAGUGGUGAUACUAUUGGAAGGCGAAGAUCGACUUCCAGACGAGGCUCUUUGCUCUACCGAACUGAUGCUGAUGCUGAUGAGGCUUACAGUGCAACAGCUGUUAAUUCACCUCAGGCAACAGAUUACGACAGUGAAGAGGAGGAAUAUUUGUUCACACCUUUUGCCCAGAUACUUGCUCAUCUUCACCAGGUAAAAGACAAUGUGCAGAUUUUGCUUCAAGACCAUUUGAAACAAAACAGUAGUAAGGAUGUUGAAGAACCUGAGGUGAAGUCCAGCAUUGAACAGAAACCAGAGUUGGGUAAACAAGUGAAAGGUCCAAAGUGGUCAUUAGGCAGCAUAUCACUUGGACAUGAAGAUGGGACUUCAGAAAAAUUUCAGUCAGGGUUUGUUUCUGAAAACCUUGCAGAGCAAACUAUAGAAGAACUGGAUUGGUGUUUGAAACAAUUAGAACAAGUGCAUUCGCAUACAACAGUAGGAGGAAUGGCAACUGAGAAGAUUCGGCGUAUUAUGACUCGUGAGCUGAGUCAUUUCUCAAGUACCAGUCGCACUGGAAACCAGGUUGUUGAUUGGGUCAAUCAGACUUAUCAGUUGAAUGAUAUGCUUUCUGCUUGGCAUGUGAAGCAUGAGACACCAGCUUCCAAACCUCGCUCUUCUUCGCUUUUCAAGAAUAUUGUUAAGCCUGAGGGAUCUCCUGAUGACGAUCUAGUGAUACCAAGGUUUGGUGUUCAAGUUGAGGAUGAAGACAGUUUAUCAAUGAUACUAAGCGGUAUGGGUGAAUGGAAUUUCAACUCCUUUCGACUAGCCGAGCUGACUGGUGACCAUCCAUUGACUUGUAUGUGCUACGUUGUCUUCAAGAGUAGAAACUUAUUCCAAUUAUGUAAAAUCAGCGAACGGACUGCUAUCAACUACUUUGCUGUUGUAGAGGCAAACUAUCCCAAUAAUUCAUAUCAUAAUAAGACACAUGCUGCAGACGUUGUGCAAGCAGCUCAUUAUCUGUUGCAAGCUCCAGGGCUAGAGGGUUUGUUCUCAUCUUUAGAGAUUCUUAGUCUUUUGUUUGCUUCUGCUGUCCAUGAUGUUGGUCAUCCAGGGUUGAAUAAUGCAUUUCUUGUUCAGACUCAGAAUGAGUUAGCCACUCUCUACCAUGAUGAAAGUGUGUUGGAGAAUCACCAUAUUGCUGUUGCAUUUCGACUCUUAUUGGACACCGACUGUAAUAUCUUUAGCAAUCUAAGUAAUGAAGAGCGACAGAUGGUCAAGAAAAUUGCUGCAAGCGUGGUGUUAGCUACUGAUCUUGCCAAACAUGUUCAGAAUUUGGCUAGUCUUCGGACUCUAGUAGAGACGAAGAAAGUGGUGGAGGAAGGUAUGCUAACGAUGUACAACCAUGCUGAACGUGUGCAGGUGAUGGAGUGUCUUGUUCAUUGUGCCGAUCUGAGUAAUCCUGCUCGACCUCGCUAUCUAGCAACUCAGUGGACAAAGCGCUUGAUGGAAGAGUUCUACUGUCAGGGAGAUGAAGAACGUAGGCUUCAAAUGUCAGUUAGUCCAAUGAUGGAUAGGUACAAUCGAUCAAUAGAAAAGUCUCAGGUGGCUUUUAUUGACUUGAUUUGUCAACCAUUAUGGGAGACUUGGGGCGAAUUAGUUUAUCCUAGUGAAAAGGCUGUAUUGGAUCAAUUGGAAGAAAACAAACGUUAUUGGGAGAGUCAAGUCCGUGGAACGCCUACAUCCUCAACAUCAUCCACUUCAGAAGAAGCUGAUUCACGAAGAAUAAGUGUAGGACAACCAAUUGAUGAAGUUAUCAGUGAAGAAGUAGUAUUUCCGAUGGUAAAGAGUGGUGUCCAGCAAGAUGAUGACAAUGAUGGAGAUUUGAUUCUACCUCUGAUUGAUUCGAGGAGCGAAGAGAAAUAAGUAUGAUGUUUAACAUUAAAUAAUUUUAUAUGUACAUCCUAUACCUGAGGUUAGUGUUCCAAGAUGAGUUGCCAUUAUACUGUUGUUUGCAGUUGUGAAUGAUGUGUAGUAUUGAAUAAUUAUUAUUGGGUUUAAUAUUAGUUGUAGUCUUCACGUUUUUGAAAUAAAGACAGUUUACCUCUA